CACAGAUACACACACUCUCUCUCUCUCUCUCUCUCACAGAGUGACCCUGACUAGCAUGGGGACACUCGACGGCGAUUCCGCUACACCCACACUUCGCCUCUUCAACAUUCCUCACUCAGCCACCGCCAAAGACCUCCUUCAAUUCCUUGAAUCCGCGGUGGGUCCCUCCUCCGUCUUCGCCCUCGAAAUCUUCACCGACAACAACAACUGGAAGUCUCGCGGCCAUGGUCGUGUCCAGUUCGAAACCUUCGACGCCAAGUCACGCGCCCUCUCUCUCUCUCUCCAACAACAACUCCUCUUCCACUCCCACUUCCUCCGAUUCUCCGAAUCUUCCCAAGACAUCAUCUUCCGACCCACUCUUCCCCAUCACCGCCUCCAAAAUGGUAUCCUCUAUGCCGGUUUUAUGGCCGUCGAUCACCGCAUGAGGGUUCUCGAGACUUGGGAGGGUGUUAGGGGUUGGGUAAUGCCACAAAGCCAGAGACUUGAGUUGUGGGUAUGGCAGAGUGGUGAGUGUUACAAACUCGAGAUUUUGUUUGAGGAUAUAUUGGAGUCUCAUGGCUAUUGCUCGGGUGAAGAUAACAAACUCAAUGCUCUUCUCUUGAAGCUGAAAUAUGGACCGAGGAUUUAUCAGAAGAAAGCUGGGGCAGGUGUGGCAGCCAAGUUUAAGGCUGACAGGUACCGAUUUUGUAAGGAUGAUUUUGAGUUUCUUUGGGUGCGCACUACUGAUUUCUCAGCUAUAAAGUCAAUUGGGCAUUCUACCUCGUUUUGUUGGGACAUUGAGGAAGAACAUUUUGCUUCCCAAGUUUUUAAAUGUUUCCCAUUCUACAAGGAAAAUUUGAGAGAUCUGUCUCUGGAAGAUGGGGUGGAAUUCUGUUCUUCCACUGAAGCAGUUCCGCUUUUGAAGUGUGGUUCAGAUUCUAAGUUACCUUAUGAGGUCAUUUUCCAAUUGAAUUCCCUUGUUCAUACCCAGAAAAUUAGUCUUGCUGCGGUGGAUGAUGAUUUGAUGAACUAUUUAGGGGAUUUGGAUGAAGAAACUAGAGCCGCGAUAUUUCAGAAAUUGCACAAGAUGAGCUCCACUUGCUAUGAGCCUCUCAAUUUUGUGAAGACUCAAUCGCGUGCGCUGAGUAGCAACGGUGGAAGUCUUCACCAAUCGUCGCAUAAAAGGUUGACGGAUAAUAACAUAAUGAGUUGUCAUAGAGCCUUGAUUACCCCGACGAAGAUUUAUUGCCUCGGUCCUGAGCUUGAAACCUCAAAUCAUGUGGUAAAGCAUUUUGCACCGUAUGCUUCGGACUUCAUAAGGAUUACUUUUGUUGAAGAGAAUUGGAGUAAGCUUCCAACAAAUGCAGUGUCAACUAGUGUGCAAAAGGGAAUCUUUUCAAAGCCUUUUAAAACUGAUAUAUACAAUCGAAUAUUGACUAUUCUUCGAGAUGGGAUUGUAAUUGGAUCCAAAAGGUUUGAGUUCCUGGCCUUCUCUGCUAGUCAGCUGCGAUCAAAUUCUGUUUGGUUGUUUGCUUCUAAUGACAGAGUGAAAGCAUCAGAUAUCAGGGAAUGGAUGGGAUGCUUCAACAAUAUUCGCAGUGUUUCUAAGUGUGCAGCGAGGAUGGGUCAGUUAUUCAGUUCUUCCAUGCAAACUUUUGAAGUGCCCCCUCAAGACACAGAGAUAAUUCCAGAUGUGGAAGUUACCACUGAUGGUGUAAGCUAUUGUUUCUCAGAUGGUAUUGGAAAAAUUUCCCAAUCUUUUGCAAGGCAAGUUGCUCAAAAGCUAAAACUGGAUCAUAGUCCAUCAGCAUUUCAAAUUCGGUAUGGUGGAUAUAAAGGUGUUAUUGCUGUUGAUCGCCAUUCCUUUAGGAAGCUAUCAUUGCGUAGUAGUAUGCUUAAGUUUGAAUCUAAAAACAGGAUGCUUUGUGUGACUAAAUGGAGUGAGUCAAUGCCUUGCUUUCUCAAUCGAGAGAUUAUAUCCCUGCUGUCUACCUUAGGAGUAAAAGAUGAGGUGUUUUUGGCAAUGCAACAAGAGCAAUUGCGUUUGUUAGGAAGGAUGCUGACUGAUAGUGAGGCAGCUCUGGAUGUUUUGGAAAGUUUAAAUGGAGCUGAUUCAAAAAGCAUUUUAGUGAAGAUGUUGCAUGCAUUUAAUGAGCCAAAUAGUGAGCCUUACCUAUUAAUGAUGCUAAAGGCUUAUUAUGCAUACCAAUUAUCCGAUUUGAGAAGUCGAUGCCGAAUAUUUGUUCCCAAGGGUCGGGUCUUAAUAGGUUGCUUAGAUGAAACUGGUCUUUUGAAUUAUGGCCAAGUAUUUGUCCGCAUAACUGUGACAAAAACUACGGGAAAAAAUGGGGAUGAAAACUUAAGGAAAGUUGAUGGUGAUGAUGGCACACGUAUAAUAGUAGGAAAGGUGGUGGUCACAAAAAAUCCUUGUCUUCACCCCGGAGACAUCAGAGUCCUUGAUGCCAUAAACAAUGAAGAAUUAGAGGAAAAGGGUUUGAGGGAUUGCCUUGUAUUCCCACAAAAAGGGCAUAGGCCUCAUCCGAAUGAAUGCUCAGGAGGUGAUCUUGAUGGAGAUUUAUUUUUCAUAAGCUGGGACAAAGAUCUGAUCCCAUGUCAAACUGAGGCUCCAAUGGGCUACACUGGAAGUAGGCCUCGUAUAAUGGACCAUAAGGUGACCCUAGAGGAAAUCCAACAAUUUUUCGUUGAUUACAUGAUUAAUGAUACCUUGGGUGCUAUCUCUACCGCACAUCUAGUUCACGCAGACCGUGAACCAGACAAGGCCAAGAGUAGAAAAUGUCUGGAGUUGGCAGACCUUCAUUCCAUGGCUGUUGACUUUGCAAAGACCGGUGCGCCUGCUGCAAUGCCUAGAGUUUUGAAACCAAGAGAGUUUCCAGAUUUCAUGGAGAGGAUGGACAAGCCUGUGUACAUCUCCAAAGGGGUUCUAGGAAAACUUUAUCGUGCCAUAAUUGAGUCAAAAUUGCAAGUUAGAUCCAGCUUUGAGUGGUCAGAGAAGCUUGCCGAAGAAGCAUAUGAUCAUAGCCUUGAAGUGAAUGGUUUUGAGGCCUUCCUUGAGAUUGCGUCGAGUCACAGAGAAAUGUAUGCACAGAAGAUGACCACUUUAAUGAACUUCUAUGGUGCAGAGACCGAAGACGAAAUGCUACUUGGUAACUUGCAAAACCGUGCUUCUUAUUUGCAGCGUGAUAACAGAAGAUAUGGAGAUAUGAAGGAUCGGAUUCUGCUCUCAGUAAAGAAUCUUCAGCGUGAAGCUAAAGAAUGGUUUGAAACUAGUUGCCAACCCCGCGACUACCAGCCUAUGGCAUCUGCAUGGUAUCAUGUGACCUAUCACCCAAGCUAUUACCAAGAAAACUCCUGUUUUUUAAGCUUUCCAUGGAUAGUUGGUGACAUUGUAUUGCAUAUUAAGUCUCUAAACAGUAGAGUUCACAGAUGAAGACUUCUAAUGCCGUGAGCAUCUUAUAGUUCCCAGAUGACAUGUCUAUGUACAUGAUGAUUAUAGGUACGAUGUUGUCUGAGGGAUUUUCUUUGUGCAAAUAUUAUUUUAAUAUCUGGUAUGAUAUAUAUUUACAACUAAAUAUGCGAUGCUGAUGCCAGUUG